AUGGUCUGGAACGCAAACUCUUAUGAUUCCUAUGCUGAGAAGCAACCGACGGCCGGGCCAACCGAUAUCAACUCACCAGAAGUGGUCCAUCCCGAUCAGAUACAUCGAGCAAGCAACUACUUGGAGGAGCGAUUUCCGAAAUACUAUUACGAACCCGAAAGGACCCAACAAGUACCGUACCCGAUGCCUCUUUCAGUCGACAGCCAAAACGAGAAGCGGGAAGGCAACGUAGAGGGUGCCCCGAAAAAGAAGAUCUGGGGGAUCCGACGUGGUCUGUUCAUUGCUGCGGUUGUCAUCGCCCUGAUCAUAAUUGGGGCGGCAGUGGGCGGUGGUGUUGGAGGGUCUUUGGCUUCGAAGAAGAGUACACCCAAGGAGGCUGCUGUGACGAGUUCCGCAGAUCAGGAAGAUGCUACACAAUCUUUGGAAGUAACUUCCACUCCGACACCCGUCCCAACCACCAAGUCGCGAACGACUACCAAGCCCUCAUCGACUCCAAGAGUUGAUGCUUCUGCCGGGGCCGACAGGUGA